AUGGCUGCUCCCAAUAAACCAUUGAAAUUCGACAAAAUAUGUCGUGCUUGUUUGGAGAUAAAAAAGGACAUGAGACCCCUGUUUGAGCAACUCACGGCUACAAUGUUGAUGGGUAUAACGAAAGUGCAGGUGGCAGUUGGAGAUGGUCUGCCAGCACAGCUGUGUCUGCAGUGUGUGCACCAGAUAUCACGGUGCCACGCUUAUAAGGACCUCGUGGAGAGAAAUGACAUCGUUCUGCGGGAACACGCCGCACGUAUGGCGGAAGAAGCUUUCAAAAGAGAGAGGGAAGAGAAAGAGAAGUUGAUGACGUUGAACUGUCAGGAGAAUUACAUGCAAUACAUGGAGGUCCCGCUGUCGAACCCCAACCAGAUCCUGGAAGGAUUCUUUGGCGCAACACCAGAACAAACGCCGACAAAUGCCCCCGAGCAGGAGACGAAAGUCGAAUUCGAAGUAGAAAAGAUAGAACAAAAUCAGCCUGAGACUGAGAAUCAGAUAAAAGACAAAGAAGGUUUAAAUUCUGACGAAGAGAAUUACCUUCAGAUGGUUUUGUUCCAAGCGACAGCCACGAUGCCGCCGGGACGACAUGUAUGUAAUCUGUGCCACAAAGAGUUCAAGCAUGCGCGGUGGCUCAAGCAACACAUGCGCUCGCACACGAACUGGAUCAAAGCUAACUGUAAGAAGCCACACUUGUGCCCCAUAUGUGAUAGGAUUUUUAAGGGUCCAGGUAUGUUGAAAAUGCACAUGCGUACGCACGAACAGCGUCCCGCGAAGCAGCCGACUUGUUCAGUCUGCCAGCGCAUCUUCCCGAGCAAGACGUUGCUGUACCGCCACCGACAGACUCACUUCGAACAGAAGACUCACCUGUGCUCCGUCUGCGACAAGCGCUUCUACAGCGGGUACGCGCUGCGCUCGCACAUGGCGCGCCACCGCGGGGAGCGGCCCUACAUCUGUACCACUUGCAACAAGAGCUUCUACAACCCUACUGACCUGAAAGUUCAUUUUCGUCUGCACACGGGCGAGAAGCCUCUGAAGUGCAAUGAGUGCAACAAGACGUUUCGCCGUCACUCGACGCUGUGCCAACACAUGAAGAAGCACCGCGGCAUACGGAACCAUGUGUGCAAUGUAUGCAACAAGAGCUUCUAUGAAGUAUCCAAGCUCAACGCACACAUGAGGAUCCAUACUGGAGAGAGGCCAUACGAGUGUCAGUUCUGCGACCGUCGUUUCGCGCAGAAGUCUGCACUGAUCUACCACAGCCGGACCCACACGGGGGAGAAGCCUUACUGCUGCAAGGUCUGCUCCGCCAGGUUCACCACCUCGUCCGCCAGGAACAACCACAUGCUCACACAUACUGGGAACAAAAAGUUCGUGUGUCAGAUCUGCCUGAAGGGCUGUACGUCCCGGUCGGAGCUCCGCGUCCACACGAGCAAGCACACCGGGGAGAAACUGUUCGCCUGCGACCACUGCGGGCAGAGGUUCAGCUCCGCCUCGUACCUCGCCGUGCAUCGACGGUACCACACCGGGGAGAAGAAGUACCACUGUCCUGUCUGCGGGAAAGGUUACGUGGAGUCUAGUUCAUACAAGAAGCACGUGAAGUCUCACGGCGCGGCGGACAGUAAGCCCGACUCCGCCGCGCCCGACCACGCAGAGCAUACUGACACGCCCGCGCCGGGGACCGACGUACAGGCUGCAGGCGCUGACGAUUCUACUGAUGGACAGAACCAAGGUCAAGUGCAAAUCCAAGUGCAGGAGUCUCAGCAAGUAGUCCAGGUGCAGCAGUCCGCAGAGCGUCCGUUGCAGAAGGUGUAUCGGUUCAAGUGUGGGUUCUGUCCCAAGACGUACAUGUAUCUACACAAUCUGAAGAAACAUACCGCUGUGCACUCGGACGAAAUGAGUCGCAGCGCAGAACAAAUACUAAUAAUGCAGCAACCGCAGCAACAACAGCAACAACAACAACAACAGCAACAACAGCAGCAACAGCAACAACAAGUGCAAGUACAGCAACAACAGAUGCAACACCAGGUGCAACAACACCAAGUGCAACAACAGGUGCAGCAACAAGUGCAACAACAAGUCCAGCAACAAGUACAGCAACAGGUGCAACAACAGGUGCAGCAGCAGGUGGCGGCGCAGCAGUUGCAGCAGCAGGCGGUCCUCCAGGUGGGCGGCGUCCCGCAACUGGCGCUGCACGCGCAGCACGUGGCGCCCCUCGUGGCCGGCGUGCACGGACAGCAACAGCCGCAGCAACUUCAAGUACAAACGAUACAGAUCCACCCGCAACAUCAACCCAUACAGAUUCAUGCUGUAGGCGUGCAGCAAGUCCAGCAACAACAGUUACACGUCGCCACCUCCUCCUGUCAGACCAUGUUGCCCAACAUACUACAGUUACAGCCCGCGACGGUGGCAGUGUCAGGUCUGUCGCAGCAGGAGCUGGGCGGCGUCACGCACCGCAUCAUCCUGCAGCCGCAGCCGACCGCCGCGCACCCCGCCGUCUACACCAUACACCACUGA